GCUGUUUUUUGGCUCAAUCGAGAACGCUUCUGGCAGCCCUGGCCCUCCUCCCAAGCACCAGCGGCCCUCGAGCGCGUGCCCGGCACGGGCUCGCACGAUCACUGCCGUCCUCACCCCGACGCCAUGGGCGCCGAGCAGAGCACGCUGCCGGAGCCCGGCGCGGAGCAGGCCCCCCCGGCGCCCCUCCAGCCCAGAGGCUGCGGCGAUGCCGCCGCCGACGCGCGCCUGCAGGGAUCCCCCGCAGCGCCACCCCCAGCGCCCCCGGCGGCUGUGGGCGGCGGCCCAGCAGGCACCGACCAGGCCACCAUGGAUCUCCUGACCCACGUCAUGCAGCAGCUGGGGCAGCGGGAGGGCCACGUGCUCCUCCUGAGCGACCUCGGGGCGCUGCUCCCUCCGGACCUGCGCAGUCACGUGAAGGAGCGCGGCGGCCUCCGCAGCACGCUCCAGCGGUUCGGCCAGCUCUUCUCGGUCACCGGCAAUCCUGGCAAGGAGUGCGUGCAGCUGGACUUCCGCAUACGCGGUGGUCUGGCACCAGCGACCGGGCUCGCCGCAUCUGGGACCGGCACUGCCGCAUCGUCGCCAGCUGCGCGGAUCGCGGCUGGAGGCCAACGCGACGAGAGCGAUGGCGACGACUCGGCGCUGCAGCUGCGCGGGCUGCCCUACCGCGCGACCGCGGGGGACGUGCGGGCCUUCCUCGGCCGCCACGCGAAGAACCUGCAGGACGACGCAGGCGGCCAGUCCAUCACCCUGGUGAUGAACCGCGAGGGGCGCCCGUCGGGCUUCGCCAACGUGCGGCUCAGCUCGCCCCAGGCGGCCCGGGCCGCGCGGGACGAGCUGCACAACAGGCUGAUGGAGGUAGCGCCGGACGAUGCUGGCCCGAGGGCCACCGCGACAAAGGCGAACCGCUACGUGGAGGUGUUCCUGUUCUCGGAGCGUCCGAGCAAGCCGCGCUCCAAGAAGGAUAAGGCGGUCGACAUGCUCGCGGAGCAGUCCGCCGAGCCAGGCGUUUGCGGCAUCACCGCGGAGCAGGUGUACGCCGAGUGCUGCGCCUACAUGUCAACUCCAGGCCGGGGGCAGCUGCUCCUCAGCAUGCUGGGCGUGGCCUUGUCGCCAGCCGCUCGGAGCUACCUCAAGAGGACCGACCAGGGCCUCAAGCAGUUCUUGCUGAAGCAUCCGCAGGUGCUCGCGGUGGAGGGCGCGAAGGGGCGCGAGAGCAUCACGUACCUCCCGACCAUGCCCACCCAGUGCAGCGAGCUCAGAUACGAGAUGGACGGCCACAGCGCGAUGGCAGCCUUUCUGCAGGAGAGGCGUACUGGACGUCGCAGCAGCAGCAGCCGACGGAGCGCGCGCACGCGCUGGAGUGCGGCAGCCCCGGCGGCCUGCAGGCCCACCAGCGGGCGCCCGAGCGCGCGCACGAGAGCGACGGCAUCAAAGACCUCCAGCAGGAGCCCACCAGCGGGCGCCCGAGCGCACAUACGAGAGCGGCAGCAUCAAAGACCUCCAGCAGGAGAGCGCCUCCUUGCCAGCCCGACGGCGCCCGCGCCCGCGCGCGCGCACGGGACACCGGUGCGGGGGACUCCCGGCUCGUCCGAGGCGGCGCCGAAGUGGUUCGAGAAGACGCCCAGCAUCUGGGGCGACUCCCCGGCCGUGGCCCCGUGCACGACGGGAGCACGUGCUUGGCAGCCGCCGGCCCUGCUGCCAGAGCUGGGGGGCGACGCUGCCCUGCACGGGGCCGGCAUGCCCGCCGGGGGCGCCUUCGAGGGCCUGGGCCCGUUCAAGUUUGGCCUCCCGUCUGCGCCGUGGGCGCUGUCACAGCCAGCGGGGUUCCUGCCGCAGUACGACUGCUUCCAUGAGGCUCCGCCGUCGCCCUGGACGGGCCACGCCGCGGAGAUAGCGCAGGCCCUGACCGACCACUCCGCAUGGCUGCACCAGAACCCCUACGGCUCGUACCUGGGGUGCCACACGGGGCUGACGAUGCCCGGCGCCGGUGAAGGCGCCGCGCCCGGGGCGGAGCCAGCCGAGCCCGCUCGCCGCGUGAAGCUGCGCGGGCUGCCGUUCGAUUCGACGGAUCAGGACGUCUACUGCUUCUUCUCCAAGUACGACGUGGUGGACACAAUAGCCUGUGGGCCCGGUGCGGUCCAGCUGCUCACGAAGCCCAACGGCCGGAAGUCGGGCAUAGCCAUGGUGACGCUGGGCGCCCAGGCAGACGCCCGCAGGGUGCGAGACGUGCUGCAGGGCAAGAUGAUGGGGACGCGCUACAUCGAGGUCUUCGUUGCCACCGAGGGCGAGGAAGAGAAGCUCGAGGCGUCUGGCAAGCAGGCCUCCAAGGCAGGCAGAGGUGGCAGCGCCGCCGCGGCCGGCUCCAGGGCGCCGCAGCCGCCGCCGCCGCCGCCGCAGCCGCAGCCGUCGCAGCGGCGGGCGCCCGAACCGCCGGCCCCGCAGGGGGCGCGCCCGCCGCGCUGCUGCGUGUCCCCGCCGCGCAGCCCCGGGCCCGCGGCGGCCGCCUUCGGCACGGGCACCCCGGAGAUGCGGCAGCGGGUCAGGUUCGGGGAGCCACGUGGGCGACGCAAAGAAGCGCGGUCGUCUUCACCGACACUGGCGCGUCAGCUUCCCGCGCAGGUGGAGCGACCUGAGCAGCCCGAGCCCCUUCCCCGACACGGGCGGCACCGGCGGCGCUGCGCCCCCCGCGCCGUGGGAGAAGGCCGCGGCCGCCACGCCGCGGGGCGCGCUCGAGCACCUCCAGGCUCAGCUCCAGACGGCGCUCGCGGCCGGCGCGGGCGACGAGCACCUCCGGAAGUCGCUGCUCGCCAGCAUGGAGGAGGC